CUGACCAAAUGAUUCAAGAUAGGGAUCGUAAUGGGGAAUGGGUAGAAACUGUGUACACAAAAAAAGUUUUGUUCGUAAAUGAAUUCACUACAUUUGAAAAUCAAGUUGUUUAUGAAGAUUUACAACUUUUGCGCUCACGUGCAAUUGAAUUCAGAAAAGAUCGACAACGUAAAGAACAAGCGAAGAAACGGGCUCAAGAGUGUGAUAGAUUUGCUGCCAUAUUAAAAGAUAUUAUUAUUAAGUGUAUGAUCCUCUAUACAAUUUAUUUAUUCUUUACCGGCGUUCGUAAUUACGCGGAAUGGGCAGUUAUUCCUUCUGAUUUGAAAUCUUCCCUUCAAGCCGUGACAAGAGCAUCUUUAAAAACCCAGAAUCAAAAUAGACUUCAAACGAUAUCCCUCGACAACGGCGAAACUCAACCUUUGAUUGAAGUAUUUCAAGAAUCUUCGAGUAGGUUCGUGUUUAAUAUAAUGAGUAAAAAAAGAUACGUCAGAAAUCGAAAGGAUGUCUUUGAGGUCAUUGUCACACAUCAUCCACCUCAAAUCUUGGGUCGUUAUGAUGUCCAUGAAAUUGACGAAGGUCGAUAUGCGUUUGAUAUCAACACUAGUGGCUCAAAAGGUGAAGUUUUAGUUGAAAUCAAGGAAAAGAAUGGUUCAUCAAUAAAAAUCAUUACUUGGAAAGAUAAAGGUGAAGGCAUUAGAAGGAAUAAUGAUACGCUUAAAGAGCAUAAAGAAGAUCCUACUUUCAUGGAAUACGUUCAAAGCGGAGCUGUCGAUUCUUAUCAUCAGGUGCUUUAUUACUCGAAAUCCGCAUAUGAGGAAGCAAAAAUCUAUGUGGAUUACACUGUAGGAUGCAUAGCAGAUGCAUUAUAUAGAGCCAAUAUCUAUAUACAAAAUCAAUUGAAUGAUUUUUACAAGUAUCUCGAAGAUAAUGCUAAUUAUUGGAAACCAAUUAUUCGCGAGAAAUAUUUGUAUUUGAAAGCUACUACAAAAGAAUAUACUAAAGAAGGGCGUUUAAAGGCCAAAGAAGUGUAUUAUAAAGUAGAAGAAGGAGUGUUUAAUUUGGCGCGUUUUUUAAAGGAUCAAUAUGACGAAUUUUAUGAGCCUCUUUAA